GAUGAAACAGAUUACAAACGGUGUCGUUUUGUCAUUCUCUCUCUUCUUGAAGUUGCCGUAGUCUCACUCAAUCUUCCAUUGAAAACUCUAAUCAACAAACAACACCCCUCCCUCCACCGAAAGAGAAGGGGUGUUUCAUAAUUUGACUUUCUUCCCCCAAAGUCAACUCACGAUGUUUGGAUUUGAGUGUUGCUGCAGCGACAAAGAUGGUGAAUUGUACAAUUUGUUGUUGCCAGAAGAACCAAAACCAUUUUUUCUUCCUUCACCGCUUCCACAAUGGCCUCAAGGUCAAGGUUUCGCCACAGGAAGAAUAAACCUCGGAGAAUUAGAAGUCGCAAUGGUUAAAGACUUCGAGGUGAUAUCAACUUACACCCCCAAAAAAUCAAAAACCGGCGUUACAUUUUACAAACCGGUAUCCAUUCCCGACGGGUUCGUCACCUUCGGUCACUAUGGUCAGCUAACCAACCAACAGCUUCGAGGCUACGUGCUUGUUGCCCAAGCUGCCCUAAACACAGAAACCGAAUCUCCUCCUCUGAAGCUACCUCUCGGUUACAAACUAAUCUGGAGUUCCACCAAUGUUUACGUGUGGCAACCGGUGCAACCGGACGGUUAUCGAGCUUUAGGAUUUGUCGUCACCGUUGAUGAAACUGAACCGGAUGUUGAACAAGUUAGAUGUGUACGGGACGACCUUACUGAAAAUUGUCAAGUUGAUGAUGUCAUACUGUCGACUUCGAGUUUUCGAGUUUGGAACACGAAAGCGUGUAAAACGGGGAUGUUUUGUAAAGGUGUUACCGUCGGGACGUUUUUCUGUAGUAAGGAUUCGGUUUCCAGUGACAAAUUGGAUAUUUGUUGUUUGAGAAAUGUUAAACCGGAUCUUGAAGCAAUGCCGAAUUUGGAGCAAAUAGACGCGUUAAUCGACCACUACGGCCCCACGGUUUACUUCCAUCCUGAUGAGGUUUACUUGCCGUCGUCGGUACCGUGGUUUUUUAAAAACGGUGCACUUCUGUUUAGAAAAGGAAAUUCCGACGGGAGACCUAUUGAUUCCAGUGGGUCGAUUUUGCCGCAAGGCGGGAAAAACGACGGUGAGUUUUGGAUGGACUUACCGGAGGAUGAUAACGACGACACGUUAGUUAAGCACGGGAAUCUCGACAGUGCAGAGCUUUACGUGCAUGUUAAACCGGCGUUAGGCGGUACUUUUACCGAUAUUGUUAUGUGGAUUUUUUGCCCGUUUAACGGGUCGAUAACGUUUACUGUCGAGCUGUUAAACCUGAAUAUCGAGAUGGAUAGAGUCGGUGAACAUGUUGGCGAUUGGGAGCAUUUUACGCUCCGGAUAAGCAACUAUAACGGCGAGCUUUGGAGCGUUUAUUUCUCCGAGCAUAGUGGUGGCGAGUGGGUGGACGCUAGUAACAUAGAGUUUAUCGACGGAAACAAACCGAUCGUUUACUCGUCAAAACACGGGCACGCUAGUUUUCCGAACGCCGGGACGUAUAUCCAAGGGUCAAGUAAGUUCGGGAUCGGAGUGAAGAACGACGUGGAUAAAAGCGAUCGGUUUAUUGACGCUAGCAAACGGUACCAGAUUAUAGCGGCGGAGUAUCUUAACGGUGUGGUGGCGGAGCCCGACUGGUUGCAGUAUAUGCGGGAGUGGGGGCCGACGGUGUUGUACGAUGGACGGUCGGAGCUAGAGAAGAUUAUUAGCCACCUGCCGUUUUUAAUUCGGCUGACAGUGGAGACGCUUAUUGAUCUUUUCCCGGUGGAGCUUUACGGGGAGGAAGGGCCGACGGGGCCUAAGGAGAAGGAUAAUUGGUAUGGGGAUGAAAGAUGUUAAAUGUUUACAUGUGCAAGAUGAUUGUACGUUUGUUAUUAUGUUGAGGUUGUGUUGUAAUGUAAUGUGUUGUAACUUGCAACAAUAGUUGAUUCAUGAGUGAUAUAUAUUGAUGCUUCACCUA